AUGGCUGAAUGGGACGUGCUGGGCCGCCUGCUGGACAAAGUGCAGAGCAACUCCACGGUGAUUGGGAAGGUCUGGCUCACCGUGCUCUUUGUUUUCCGCAUCCUGGUCCUGCGCACCGGUGCUGAGGAGGUGUGGGGCGACGAGCAGUCCGACUUCGUGUGCAACACCGAGCAGCCCGGCUGUGAGAACGUCUGCUACGACCGAGCCUUCCCCAUCUCUCACGUUCGCUUCUGGGCUCUUCAGAUUAUUGCCGUGGCGACUCCGAAGCUGCUCUACCUCGGUCAUGUCCUUCAUGUGAUCCACAUCGAGAAGAAGGUGAAAGAGAGGAUGAAGAAGCAGGCGGAGCUGGACACCCAAGUCAGCCUGUUCCUCAGUAAGUCCUACAAAGUUCCCAAGUACACGAAGAGCACCGGCAAGAUCAGCAUCCGCGGCCGCCUCCUCCGCAGCUAUGUCCUCCAUCUUGUGGCCAAGAUAAUCCUGGAGGUUUUGUUUAUCGUGGGCCAGUACUAUCUCUACGGUUUCACCCUCGAGACGCGCUACGUCUGCGCCACCGACCCCUGCCCGCACAAGGUGGACUGCUUCCUCUCCCGGCCUACAGAGAAAUCGGUCAUCAUCUGGUUCAUGCUGGUGGCGACGGUGGUCUCCCUGGUCCUCUGCGUGGUGGAACUGCUUUACCUGUGCGUGAAGGCUGUGAAGGAGUGCAUGGCGAGGAGGCAGGACUACACCGUGACCCCGGUGACGCCUCCAUUCUCCGCGAGGAAAAUGUUUAGAAGCCGGGACGAGGCCAUCCAGAAUUGUGUCAACCUGGAGCUGGAGCUGCAGGGACAAAUGGUGGGCGUGAACGGGGUCAAAGGUGGGGUGAGCAAGGUCGUGAAGACCGCACCAUCUGAGAAUGACAUGGGGGAGGUCCACAUCUGA